AUGCAAUUUUGUACUCAUUGGCACGAUUGGUUUUAUCAAGAGACCAACGCGGCGGUGGACCCUGCCGGCGCUGCAGCACGCCGGCGCAGAGCGCGCGAUCGACGCCGCCCCCCGGCCGCGCCGCCGACGCCGUCGACGCCGCAGAGGAUCUCCACCGAAGAACUAGUAGAAGCACUUCGCUCGCAUCUGCUCUCGCCCAAGCGGAUGUGGGCCCUGGGCUAUCCUUUAGAGAUAGAGCCCAACUCGUCGAAGGCCGUGGUAUACAUCAAUCCACCGCCACGGCCUAGACCCUUACAGUUUAAGUCAUUCGACCCGAACGCGCCAGAGUUCGUCCCCGGCGGCUCUCAAAGUGACAGUGGACGAGGAUCGUGGGGCUCAACCCCGCGUUCUGAAAGUGAUGAAGAAGCGGAUGCAGUGGAACAUUUGUGUGCGCGUUGUGAUAAAAUGUUUCGAAUGACUCGCGAAGGUGAAUAUGUGGUAGAAGAAUCUUGCGUCUAUCACUGGGGUCGUAUUAGUGGCGACUCACGACAUACUUGCUGUAAUGCACCGUUGGGAUCUAAAGGUUGCAGCACGUCUCGAUUUCACGUUUGGAGUGGAACUAAGCCUGGCAUGAAUGGACCCCUCGAAGGGUAUGUGCGUGCACGAUCACCUCGCGGUGGUGUCUACGCUAUUGAUACAGAGAUGUGUUAUACAACAGCAGGAUUGGAACUGGCCAGCGUGGCGGUGAUAGCAGCUGACGGACGACUCGUAUACAGAUCUCUAGUGAAACCUAGUUCACCUGUUGUCGAUCACAACACUCGCUUCUCAGGCAUCAGGCCGCGCGACUUGGCGCGCGCGACUAAGACGCUGAGAGAUGUACAGAAUGAUAUAUUAGGAUUCGUUGGAAGUGACACGAUUUUAAUUGGACAUGCAUUGGAAAACGAUUUAAGAUCAUUAAAGUUAUUACAUGGGGCAGUGGUUGAUACGAGUGCUUUGUAUCCGCAUUCCCGAGGCUUCCCAUUGAGACGGUCUUUGCGUGCUUUAUCUGAAGAAUUGCUCGGAAGAAGCGUACAGAGAAGCAGUUCCGGUCAUUCACCACUCGAAGAUGCCCGUGCAGCAAUGGAUCUUGUUCUACUCAAAGUGCACGAAGAGCGUGCGCAACGAUCUCGCGUAUCGAAUAAGCUCCCUAUUUUGCAACCAUAUGAUCCUUUAAUUAGUUCCGCC